UGUAUUUAUGUAAUGUAAAUACGUAUAUCGGCUUGCUUCAAUCUUUCUGACUUGUUUUUGACUCAAAUUUGUUGACCGCAUGGCCACGGUGUUCCGCGUGAAUACAUCGCAUCCUCCCAAGCUAUCCUCCCAAUUGCAUGAUAAGUCUCACUCGCCGACUCUCCACUCUCGCCCGCCAGUUUUCUACUGCAACUUCCAGGAUGUCCUAUCCGUCAGCUAUCCAAGCUAUCACGAUCUCAAAGACGGGUGGACCCGAGGUCAUUGAGAAACGCGAAAUCCCAUUCCCAAAAGUAGCUCCCAGUCAUUUGGUCGUAAAGGUCCAAUAUCUUGGUGUCAAUUUCAUCGACACCUAUUACAGAGAAGGGGUAUAUUCACCCUCUGAAUUCCCAUUCGUGAUUGGGAAGGAAACCGGCGGCGUCGUUGUCGGACUGCCUACGGAUGAGUCCGUCUUGAACGACCCGGACUACAAGAAACGUGGGUACAAAGAAGGUUCCCGGGUCGCAGUUGAUUAUCUGAGCACGCAUGCGGAAUAUAUUUCUGUGCCUUGGAAAACGGUAUACGUGAUCCCCGAGUCGGUAUCAACAUUGACGGCCGUCUCAGCCCUGGUCCAAGGAUUGACGGCUAUUUCCUUCAUGGAAGAAGCAUACAACGUACAGAAGGGUGACAUCAUCCUCAUUCACACCGUGGCAGGUGGUCUCGGACUACUCAUGACGCAGCUCGCUAAGUCACGAGGAGCGACCGUCAUAGGAACGACCUCAACACCAGAAAAGGCUGCCCUUGCGAAGGCUAACGGGGCGGACUAUGUGAUCUUGUAUAAGAGCGAGGAUACCGUUGCCCGUGUACUGGAACUUACAAAUGGGGAGGGCGUCCAUGCCAUCUUCGAUGGUGUGGGUAAAGACACGUUUGAGUCCGACUUUUUAAUGAUCAGGCGGAAGGGCACCCUUGUUUCAGUGGGUAAUGCGUCGGGAGCCGUUCCACCAUUCCCUCCCAUAAAGCUCGUUCAAAAGAACUUGAAGCUUCUUCGGCCUACCAUGAACAACUACACAUUUACCCCAGCAGAAGUACUCUACUACGGAAAUGCCUUGUUCUCCCUUCUCGCCAACGGCAUCUUAAAGACACAGGUCUUCAAGGAAUAUCCAUUCACUGCGGAGGGGGUAAAACAGGCGCAAAUCGACCUGACCAGUGGAAAAACUACAGGAAAACUUGUGGUUAAAGUCAGUGAUUGACGGAAUGUUUACGUCACCAAGACCGAAGCUACCCCAGUACUUAAACCCACUUGUAUCAUUAUGGUGUAUUGAAGGAGUGUAUUUUGUUCCAGUGACAGAUAUGUAUUGCCCACGCACGAAGACCCGCUGUUUUCGGCGAUAGCAAUAAACAACACAUUGCAGAGUUUGCA